AUAGCAUACAAAGCCAACGCCCAACCUUCAUUAAACGCUUAGUAUAUUUUCGGAACAGUAUUUAAAAGUUAGGAUAGAAAAAUAUACAUUAGCUGCCUCGUUUUAUAGUUUCUGUUUCUUUUUCUCUUUCGUUCUGUUUUUGAGCCAGGGUCUUAUGUAGCCUAGUUGGCUACAAAGUCUGUGUAGCCGAGGAAGACCUUGAUCUUGUCUCCACCUCCUGAGUGCUUGAAUUACAGGCAUGCAUUACCAUGUCAGGUUCACACAGUCUUGGGGUAGCGUUGUGGUCAAACACAGGACUUAAUGCCUGCUAAGCAAGCCCUCUACCAGCUGAGUGACUUCCUUUAGCCUACAUCAGUUCUCUGAUAUGAGCAGCAAUGGACCUGAAAAUUUUAUCUCUAGCAACAGAUAAAACAACGGAUAAACUGCAGGAAUUUCUUCAAACCCUGAAAACUGAUGAUUUGACUGAUCUCCUUCAGAGUCGAGCUGUGAAAGGAAGAGCUGUUGGAACAUUCCUGAGAGCCAUCUUCAAAGGCUCACCUUGCUCUGAGGAAGAUGGAGCCCUUAGGAGAUCCAAGGUAUAUUCUUGCUGUAUCCAGUUGGUUGAAUCAGGAGAUUUGCAGCAAGAAGUAGCAUCUGAGAUCAUAGGAUUGCUGAUGCUGGAGGUUCACCAUUUUCCAGGACCAUUACUUGUCGAAUUAGCCAGUGAGUUUGUUGGUGCUAUCAGAGAGGACAGCCUAGUGAAUGGGAAAUCUUUGGAGUUAUUUCCCAUCAUUCUUACUGCCUUGGCUACCAAAAAGGAAGUGCUGACUUGUGGGAAAGGUGAUUUGAAUGGAGAAGAAUACAAGAGGCAGUUGAUUGACAGCCUGUGUUCUGUCAGAUGGGCUCAACGAUACGUGAUUCAACUCACUUCUAUGUUCAAGGAUGUCCGUCUAACGACAGAAGAGAUGGAUCUGGUGGUGGCAAAAGUAUUGUCGAUGUUUUCAAAGUUGAACCUGCAAGAAAUACCACCCUUGGUCUAUCAGCUUCUGGUUCUCUCUUCCAAGGGAAGCAGAAGGAGUGUUCUGGAUGGAAUAAUAGCCUUCUUCAAUGAGCUAGAUAAGCAGCACAGCGAGGAACAGAGCAGUGAUGAGCUGUUGGAACUUGUUACCACCCCAGCAGAUGAACUUUAUCAUGUAGAAGGCACCGUCAUUCUACACAUUGUGUUUGCCGUCAAACUGGACUGUGAAUUAGGCAGAGAACUUCUGAAACACGUAAAGGCUGGACAGCAAGGGGACCCCAGUAAAUCCUUAUGUCCUUUCAGCAUUGCUCUUCUUCUCUCUCUAACAAGGAUACAAAGAUUUGAGGAACAGGUGUUUGAUCUUUUAAAGACUUCAGUUAUAAAAAGCUUUAAGGAUCUUCAGCUCCUCCAAGGCUCAAAAUUUCUUCAGAAUCUCGUCCCUCAGAAAACUUGUGUUUCAUCCAUGAUCUUAGAAGUGGCAAAAAAUAGUGUUCACAGUUGGGAUCAUGUAACUCAAGGUCUGAUAGAACUUGGUUUCAUUUUAAUGGAUUCAUAUGGGCCAAAAAAGAUUCUUGAUGGGAGAGCUGUUGAAAUUGGCUCCAGUCUUUCUAAAAUGACAAACCAGCAUGCAUGUAAGCUGGGAGCUAAUAUCUUGCUGGAAACCUUUAAGAUUCACGAGAUGAUCAGACAGGAAAUUCUGGAGCAAGUCCUCAAUAGAGUCGUUACUCGGACAUCCUCUCCCAUCAAUCAUUUCUUAGACCUGCUUUCAGAUAUCAUCUUGUAUGCACCUUUAAUUCUUCAGAGCUGUUCUAAAGUCACGGAGACUUUCGACUAUUUGUCCUUCCUGCCUCUUCAGACAGUACAAGGUCUGCUCAAGGCUGUGCAGCCGCUUCUCAAAGUCAGCAUGUCGAUGAGAGAUGCCUUGAUCCUCGUCUUGCGGAAAGCUAUGUUUGCCAGCCAGCUGGAUUCCCGGAAAUCUGCCGUUGCUGGAUUUUUGCUGCUCUUGAAGAACUUUAAAGUCUUAGGCAGCCUGUCGUCCUCACAGUGCAGUCAGUCUAUUGGUGCCACUCAGGUGCACGUGGAUGUCCAUAGCCGCUACAACGCUGUUGCCAAUGAAACGUUUUGCCUCGAGAUCAUGGACAGUUUGAAAAGAUGUUUAGGGCAGCAGGCUGACAUUCGACUCAUGCUUUAUGAGGGCUUCUAUGAUGUUCUUCGACGGAACUCUCGGCUGGCUAAUUCAAUCAUGCAGACUCUCUUCUCGCAGUUAAAACAGUUCUAUGAACCAGAACCUGAUCUGCUACCUCCUCUGAAACUAGGAGCUUGUGUUCUGACCCAAGGAAGUCAGGUCAUUCUACAAGAACCCCUGGAUCAUCUGCUGUCUUGCAUUCAGCAUUGCUUGGCCUGGUAUAAGAGCAGAGUGAUCCCCUUGCAACAGGGAGAUGAAAGAGAAGAAGAAGAGGGAUUGUACCAUGAGCUGGAUGAUAUGUUGGAGUCUAUUACUAUGAGAAUGAUUAAGAGUGAGCUAGAAGACUUUGAGCUGGAUAAAUCAGCAGAUUUUUCUCAGAGCACUAGUGUUGGCAUCAAGAAUAAUGUCUGUGCAUGUCUCAUAAUGGGAGUGUGUGAAGUUCUAAUAGAGUACAAUUUCUCCAUAAGUAAUUUCAGCAAGAGUAAGUUUGAGGAAAUCCUCAGCCUAUUUAUGUGUUACAAGAAUUUCUCUGACAUCCUUGCCGAAAAAGCUGGUAAAGGCAAAACUAAAAUGACCGCUAAGACAAAUGACAGUCUUUUGUCCAUGAAAUUUGUGUCUGACCUUCUCACUGCUCUUUUCAGAGAUAGUAUCCAGAGUCAUGAAGAGGCCCUGUCUGUCCUUCGGUCCAGCAGUGAGUUUAUGCAAUAUGCCGUGAACGUAGCUCUGCAGAAGACACAGCAGCUGAUACGAACAGGGCACGUGAGUGGUCCUGAUGGCCAGAACCCAGACAAGGUCUUUCAGAACCUCUGUGACAUAACUCGGGUCUUGCUGUGGAGAUACACAUCCAUUCCUACCUCAGUGGAAGAGUCGGGAAAGAAAGAGAAAGGGAAGAGCAUCUCACUGCUGUGCUUGGAGGGUUUGCAGAAGACAUUCAACGCCAUGCAACAGUUCUAUCAGCCCAAGAUGCAGCAGUUUCUCAGGGCUCUGGAUGUCACAGGCACAGAAGAAGAGGGAGAAGAAGCAGGUGUCUCUGUCACUCAAAGAGCUACAUUCCAGAUCCGGCAAUUUCAGAGGUCCUUGUUGAACUUGCUUAGCAGUGAAGAGGAAGAUUUUAACAGUAAAGAGGCCUUGCUGCUCAUCACGAUUCUCUCCUCCUUGUCCAGGCUGAUAGAACCCACCUCUCCACAGUUUGUGCAGGUGUUAUCCUGGACGUCUAAGAUUUGCAAGGAAUACAGCCGGGAGGAUACCUCAUUCUGCAAGAGUUUGAUGAACCUAUUCUUCAGCCUGCAUGUCUUAUAUAAGAGUCCUGUCACCCUGCUUCGUGACUUGUCCCAGGAUAUCCAUGGGCAGCUGGGAGACAUAGACCAGGAUGUAGAGAUAGAGAAGACAGACCACUAUGCAAUGGUGAAUUUGAGAACAGCUGCCCCUACUGUCUGUUUGCUUGUCCUGAGUCAGGCUGAGAAAGUCCUAGAAGAAGUAGACUGGUUAAUCACCAAGAUUAAGAGCUCAGUGAACCAAGAAACCCUAUCAGAUAAAAUGGCUCCAGAUGCCUCUUCUCAAGCAGUCCCACCAAAUCUUCUCAUCGAGAAAGCCAUCGUCAUGCAGCUGGGAACACUGGUUACAUUCUUCCAUGAAUUAGUGCAGACAGCCCUGCCAUCAGGCAGCUGCGUGGACACCUUAUUGAAGGACCUGUCCAAAAUAUACAGCACCCUAACAGCAUUUGUCAAAUACUAUCUCCAGGUGUGUCAGAGCGCCAGAGGAAUUCCAAACACUGUGGAAAAGCUGGUGAAGCUGUCCGGCUCUCAUCUGACCCCCAUGUGUUACUCUUUCAUUUCUUAUGUACAAAAUAAGGGGAAUGACAACCCAAAGUGCACAGAGAAGGAGAAGGCUGCAGGCGCCAGCACAAUCAUGGCCAAAGUUCUUCGGGAAACCAAGCCAAUCCCCAACCUUGUCUUUGCCAUUGAACAGUAUGAAAAGUUUCUAAUCCAGCUAUCUAAAAAGUCCAAGGUAAACCUGAUGCAGCACAUGAAGCUAAGUACUUCUCGGGACUUCAAGAUCAAAGGCAGCAUCCUAGACAUGGUUCUUCGAGAGGAUGAAGAUGAAAAUGAGGAGGGCGCUGCACCAGCACACAGAGAGCAGGACAGAGAACCAGCCACAAAGAAAAGAAAGAUAUGCCUGAGUUAAUGUGACCUGUGGGGCAUCUGCUUUGUUUUGUGCCGACAGUACCCCUUCUCAUACAGCCUGCACUGAUGUUGGCAUCCUGGUUCUGAACCCACCAAACUGUGCCUUCAGUUAGAAGGACUCUUCUGGGCAGGUCCUGCUACAGAAAAAUGGCUGCCUAGGCAUGCCCUUUUGCAAAAAGCACAUCUGAAAGCCUGAGUUUAGGAACCUGCACCACUUCAAUGAAGCUCCACAGGAGCAAAUACAGAGCCUCCAGAUGGAGCUAGGGUCCAGGCUGGCUUCGUUUUUCCAAGGAGCCUUUGGUGAGUUCAAUUAUCUGGUAAAUAUCCAGUGCUUCACCUGCAAGACAGUGGGAAUCGGUUAGGAUGCCUCCUGAAGAACUAUGACUGUGCUCAGAAAUGAGAGUAUGAAUGUUAAGAAAAGACAGUGGGUGGGACCCUUGAGGAUAACUGCCAGGAAUGGCAGUUGGUCUUAGCGACAGUUUUAAUAGAAAACACUCUGGUAUUUUCAGAAAAGAUAAUGUAUUUUUUCCAUGUAAGAAUGCACUUUGACUUAUACAAUAAAUCAUUAAAAAUUUCUGGUGUAAUUUUGAA